AGCGUGUGAAAAAAAAAUAGGGGCUUAUAGUCUGGAAAUUAUGGUAUAUAUAUUUACAGUAUAUGAGUCUCAAUUCCAUGGUAAAGGUUUUCUAAACAUUAUACUGUUAAUUAAUUCAGCAUUUAUAUCCUUUUAGUAAUUUCUCCUGUUUUUAAUUUCUCCUUUUCAUGACUCAGGACUACAGUCGUGUUCCCCUGGGCUACGAGGAUCUGUUCAGGAGGAAGCAGGAACAGUGGGCGCACCAUCACCACCAUCACAGCACCUCCAGACCCUCCCAGUCCUCCCACAUCUUCACCAUGGAUUUUGGAUCUGAGCGUUUGGAGAGCAGUGGAGGUCAGUGUGCUGGCUGCAGGUACAGAGGAGAGGAAAGUUUAGCACAUUAUUCUCCAUGGUCCUGUGGUUCCAUUGGCCCGUGCCUUAGUCCUUUUGAGCCUGAGACACUGACGCACACGCCUCCUCACUCCUGCUCAGAGCCCUCGGAUUUAGACAACAGCGGUAGCCGAGGUGGUGUUGGUGGUGGAGGCGGCAGUGGGAGUACUGGUACCAAUAGUGUGGGAAAGCGGUGGCUGCAUUCUCUGGACCACUACCGUCGAAUGAAAGAAGAAGAUCCAAUCAUUCCCUUCAGUGAGGGGCCCAUGAUCUCUAAGUGGGGGGCCAUAUCCAGGGCCUCGCGCACAGGCUAUCACACGACCGAUCCUGUCCAGGCCACCGCCUGCCAGAGAAGUACCAGCACCACACCCAUCAACUUUAAAGAUUACAGUCCACACCUGGACCACAGUGACUACAGGUGGAGCUCCAGAGGUUCAGACUCUUCUAGCCACUCCAGUUUCCUAGAAAGUGAGCAACUUUGUGCACCAGAGCUUCACGACUGUCAAGCUUCUAUGUGCAGCAGAGAGAAAAUUGUUACUGAUCUACAAGCCCAUCAGACCACCUACAGCCCAGAUCAGGACCAGGCUGAGAGUGAACCAGAGCCGGACCCAGAUAUUGAGCUGGAGCUGUGUGUUCUGGACCUGGAGGAUCCGGACCAGCAGGAGAAGUCUGUAGACUUGACUCCUCCACAGUCUCAGGAUGCUUCCCACCUUCUUCCUCCCACCUGCUCCUCACCCCUCCUCUCCUCUCCUACAAAGGAACACCCUCAUACAGGGGCUCCUCUCACAGAGAAGGUGGACGCUCACCUGCUGAAAAAGAUGGCUUUCAGGAAGUCUCUGUCUCCUGGAGGGCUGGUCUCAGGUGGACUAGGUGUGGGGAAGCUAGUGCUGCGGACCGGACCUUCUCGACUGGGGGAGGCCUGUCCUGAGAGCACCGCAACAGAGAUGCUGCUCAACGGAAGCUAAGGGGAAUAAAAGUCACAUGUGUUGUGUUAGCACUGAGCUGCUAGCUGACAAACAGGUCCUGUUCAAAUGGGUUCCAACUGAAUUCCAGUCUUCAUCAAUGAAACUCAAAUGACUGAGGUAAAAGUCACAGACUUGGCAGAGACGUCCUGUCAGCUAAGUGGUUACUUUCUAGUUGUGUCAAACUCCAAAGAGAAUUUUAACCACUCUAAAUCCUUAACCUGAAUAUGCUUCUCCUGAUAUAGUUGAAGAAAUCAUCUAUAUCUGUGGUUCAAAGCCCUAGUCAAUGUGACUAUGUUUGUUUUUUUGGGGUUUAAUUUACAAAUUUGAUAAUACUCAAAACUCCCAUGUCACUUCUUACAUGGAGCACUGACACUUCUAAUAUUCAUAUUCUAAUAUUCAAGGCAAUUCAUUUUGGGGAUUUAAAUAAGCAAAGGCUGAUUAUAACAUAUUAUUUUAGUGUCAGCUGAAGUGAGUGAACGGUGAUGCAAAGUAAGGAUACGCAGGCAUAGAGGCAUGAUACCAGCCAGAUACAGUAGCAACAAUUCUGUGCUCACAAGCUGAGCCUAGUCAGCUUUCAUGGUUUUUUUAUUAUUAUGGGAUAUUUUGGCCUCCUCCAUUUACGUGAUAAUUAUUAAUCCCCCCCCCCCCCCCC